AUGAGGGAUCUGUGGCUCCUGGUGGUGGCCGCCCUAGUUGUGUCUGUGAGAGCUGGAGAGGUCUGCUAUGACCGGCUUGGCUGUUUUUCUGAUGGCCCUCCAUAUGGCUUAACUCUGGAGCGGCCCAUUGCCCGAUACCCUUGGUCACCGGAGACAAUCAACACCCGCUACCUGCUGUUCACCAGACAAAAUCCUGAUCAGUUCCAGGAAAUUGAUGCGCUAAACGUCUCUACAGUCUCAUCUACCAAGUUCAGUCGCAGCAGGAAAUCCUACUUUAUUAUCCAUGGGUUCCUGUCGGCAGGAGAUGAUGAGUGGCUUUUGGACAUGUGCCAGGUGUCUGACGUGAACUGUUUCUGCGUGGACUGGCACGGAGGGGCGUUCGCUCUGUACACACAAGCCGCCAACAAUGUCCGUGUGGUGGGUGCGGAAUUGGCUUAUUUUGUCAACUAUUUACAGGAGGAGUUUAGGUACCCCCUGACUAACAUAUACCUGAUAGGACAUAGUUUGGGAGCUCAAGUUGCUGGAGAAGCUGGGAAGAGGCGUCCAGGAAUUGCACGAAUAACAGGGUUGGACCCAGCAGGACCUUACUUUCAAAAUACCCCACCUGAGGUGAGGCUAAACCCCUCCGAUGCCGUAUUCGUGGAUGUCAUUCAUACUGAUGGAUCUUCUAUUAUUCUCAAUCUAGGUCUUGGUGGUUUUGGGACGAGCCAGUUGGUCGGUGAUCUGGACUUCUUUCCUAAUGGCGGGACACAACAGCCUGGGUGCCCUAGCUUCUACCGCAAGCUUGGUGACCUGGACAGUACCAUAGAAGGACUUGAAGACGGACUUGCAUGUAACCAUGAGAGGAGCCAUAUGUUGUUCACAAAAAGUAUCCUCUAUCCUGAUGGGUUCAUCAGCUACCCAGGAUCCUCCUACAGUGCCUUCCAAAAGGGUGCUGGGUUUCCCUGUUACAAUGGAAGCUGUGCAAUGAUGGGAUACUAUGCUGAUCUUUAUGCCCGAGACUCCGAUGACGCUCACACCCAAGACUCGGCAAGUCAAGAGUUUUUCUUGACGACUGGCGGUGCUGAAAACAUGCUACGUAGGUGGAUAAGUAAAGGAACAUUGGGAAGAAAGAUGUUAUGA